CUGGGGUUGGUGCUCGUGCACGUAGUGGAUGUGCGCCCGAGUUAACGGUCGGUGGGGUUUUUUUUUCCGGUCGGGCAGCGCUGCAGAGACCAGGUUGGCCGCUGCUAUGCCGGGCGUGGUGCGCUACCGGCGGCGGGAGGCGGAGGAGCCGCGCUAGCUGCCGGCAAGCCAAGCCAAGCCAAGCCAAGCCAGGGUGUGGUUUGCUGGGCAUCUGCAACUUGCAGCAGAGCCGGGGUGCCGGAGAGGAAUUAAAAGAAAGAGUGGCCGCCGGUUGCGGUGCAGGGUGGAGCUGGGGAAAGGCCAGGGCCGGGUCAGCGGCUGAGCUCCGCACCCCCCCCCCCCCCCCCGUCGCCAGGGUAAGGAAAGGUCGGACUGCAGACCAAUGGUAAUGGGGCUCCUCUUCACCAAACUGUGGAGCUUCUUUUGUGACCAAGAACAUAAAGUUAUAGUAGUUGGCUUGGACAAUGCUGGAAAGACCACAAUCCUUUAUCAAUUCUUGAUGAAUGAAGUUGUUCACACAUCACCUACAAUUGGAAGCAAUGUAGAGGAGAUAGUGGUCAAAAGUACACAUUUCUUAAUGUGGGAUAUUGGUGGGCAGGAUUCGCUGCGUUCAUCGUGGAAUACUUAUUACACCAACACUGAGUUUAUAAUUCUGGUUGUGGAUAGCACUGACAGAGAGAGAUUGUCAAUCACCAAGGAGGAACUGUAUAGGAUGCUGGCUCAUGAGGAUCUAAGGAAUGCUGCUGUACUUAUAUUUGCUAACAAGCAGGAUAAGAAGUGUUGCAUGUCUGCAGUCGAAAUUUCAAAAUUUCUUACACUAAGUGCUAUCAAGGACCAUCCAUGGCAUAUUCAAGCCUGCUGCGCCCUUACAGGAGAGGGGUUGUGUCAAGGUCUUGAAUGGAUGACAACUAAAGUUGGAGUAAGAUAAAGAUAUCACUCCAUAAAUAAGUUACCUUGUACCUGUGGCACUUAUGAAGCUGCAAACUACCAGCUGCAAUUUAAUGAAGUGAAUUAAAUGCUCCACUUGUGUUUUCUAUAACAUCAGUCAGCUCAAUACUGUGCACUGUCAAAUUCUGUGCAGCAAAGAUGCAGUGUUUGGUAGCAUUGCACAGACUUUUCAUGUUCCUAUCUUUACAGUACAGUGGUGGUAACUUUUUAAAAAAAAAACGCCUAUUUUCUUUUAUUGUAUUUAUGAAAACUAUAGAUAGUGGAUUAAAUGGAUAAUGUGCUUUUAGGUCACAGUUCUUUUCAUCUGCAUUUUUUUUAGGUCACUGAUAUCUUAUGCACUGUUUUGGUAUUGGACUGACUUUGUACCACAAAAUCAUGAAACUAAAGUAUCUCUGCAACUAAGACAAACUGGCAAAUUACAGACUAAACUGCAUACUUUUUAACAGCUGUAACUUAAUAUUACUAUCACUGAAUAAUUACAACAUAUGCGAGGGUACAGUGUGUUUGUUUUUGCUACUGGCUGCCACAUUUGGAAUGAUUUAAUAUUUCUCUUAGGGAAGUCUUAAAUUUUUUUCUGUUGAAUUAAUUAAAACAUUACAACAUUGCCAGUGUGAUGAAUUGACUAGAAUUUUAUAGGAAUUACUUUAGGAUUGAAUUGACUAACACAAAAUCUGGAUUCCUGGUGAACUAAUCACUGAUACAAUACCUUUAACUGAGCGCAUCAAUUACUAAGCUAACAGUAUUGAUAACUAUGUUGAUAAAUCUGGAAUGUACUUGAGAACUAACGCUAUCCAAUAUAAGUAAGUAAACGCUGCUACAGGGAAAAAAAUAUAAUGGGUCCAAUUCUCCUGUAAAAAGGAGCAAUGAUAUCUGCAUCUAAUAAGCUCUUAAACAAAUUAUAUACUAUUAAGCCAUCAUAGUUGAAUCUUAACCAGAAAUAAUAGCAAUGCCACCUUUUAGUCCAUUACCCAGUUGCCAGAAUUCCUGAAUAUUGGCUGACUGUUUCUUGUUCCUGUUAUAAAGGUUCUAGUGUGGCUCAUUGGGCAAACCCUGCAACAUUAACACAAGUUUAUGAUGCCUGGGAAGUCGGACUCAUCUGAUAUUAUUUUUAUUUGAAGAAUAUUAAAGGGACUUUUUUGCUACAAAAUGUGAGUUUGGCUCCUGAUUAAUUCACUAUGCAGCUGAGUCUGCAUUUACCUGUGGCAUUGGAUUGCUUUGUCUUCAAGGCAUUUCAUUUAGAUCUUAUACACCUGGAAUUAUGUCCUAAGCACUUAAAUUAUUUCUUGAUCAAAAUUUUUCAAAAUUUAUCAUGUGCAAGGGUGAUGCAGUGUUAGUAAUGUACACUUGUGAAGUCUUUGACAGACACCUCAGAAUUUAGGAUGAAAGCUUAAACUUUUGUAUAUUUUUGGCCAAUAGCUCUGUUCAGUUAUUUUUAAACCAUGUAUGUUUAUAACUUUGGGGGCGUUUUUUUGCCUUAUUAAAACAUAUUCCUGAA